UGGCGGGAGGGCCAAGGUGGGCAGGGGGUCACCACCUCGGGCGCCCCUGUGGUGGCCCGCGGCCAGGGCGAGCGGGUGGCCGAGGGCCCGAGGGCGCAGUGGGGGUUCGAGCCCGGAGCCCCGGCACCCGCCGGAGGGCGCAGCUCGGGGCGCGGUGGGAGGCGGCGAGGCGGGGACCGGGCGGGGACCGGGCGGGGGCGGAGCGGAGCUUCCCGCCUCCUCGUCGCCUCCGUCCUCCCACUCAGAGCCGCCGCCUCGGCCGGGCUGAGCAGCGGGAGUCCGCGGCGCCCGCUAGCCGCCGCGGGAUGGGGAGCUAGCGCCACGGCGGCCGCGGUGGCCGCAGCGCAGCCAGCCGCCGCCCCCGGGCCUGUCCCGCCGGGUGCUCCGGGUGUCCCAAGCCCGGCCCCGAGCCAGGCCCGCGGGCGGCGGCGGCGGAGGAGCUGGGCAGGUGUGUGCGGCUGGAAGAUGGCGCCCUCGGGCCCGGGCAGCGUGAGGCGGCGGUGCCGGCGGGUGCUCUACUGGAUCCCGGUGGUGUUCAUCAGCCUGCUGCUGGGCUGGUCCUACUACGCCUACGCUGUCCAGCUGUGCAUAGUGUCCAUGGAAAACAUUGGUGAACAAGUUGUGUGCCUCCUGGCUUAUCAUCUACUUUUUGCAAUGUUUGUCUGGUCAUACUGGAAAACCAUUUUCACGUUGCCCAUGAAUCCUUCAAAAGAAUUCCAUCUCUCUUAUGCAGAGAAAGAAUUGCUGGAGAGAGAGCCAAGAGGAGAAGCGCACCAGGAAGUUCUGAGGCGAGCAGCCAAAGACCUUCCCAUCUAUACCAGGACCAUGUCCGGAGCAAUCCGAUAUUGUGACAGAUGCCAACUUAUAAAACCAGACCGCUGCCAUCACUGUUCCGUCUGUGAUAAAUGUAUUUUGAAGAUGGAUCAUCAUUGCCCAUGGGUGAACAAUUGUGUCGGAUUUUCAAAUUAUAAGUUCUUCCUCCUUUUCUUGGCUUACUCUUUGCUGUACUGCCUUUUCAUUGCUGCUACAGACUUACAGUAUUUUAUCAGAUUUUGGACAAAUGGUCUGCCUGAUACUCAAGCCAAGUUCCAUAUUAUGUUUUUAUUCUUUGCUGCAGCUAUGUUUUCUGUCAGCUUGUCCUCUCUGUUUGGUUAUCAUUGUUGGCUAGUCAGCAAAAACAAAUCAACAUUAGAGGCAUUCAGAAAUCCAGUAUUUAGACAUGGAACAGAUAAAAAUGGAUUCAGCUUGGGUUUCAGUAAAAACAUGCGACAAGUUUUUGGUGAUGAGAAGAAGUACUGGCUGCUACCAAUAUUUUCAAGUCAAGGCGACGGCUGUUCCUUUCCAACUUGCCUUGUUAACCAGGAUCCUGAACAACCAUCCACUCCCGCAGGACUAAAUUCAGCAGCUAAAAAUCCUGACAAUCAUCAGUUUCCUGCUAAGCCACUGAGAGAGUCCCAGAGCCAUCUCCUUACGGAUUCUCAGACCUGGACAGAGAGCAGCUCAAACCCUGGGAAAGGAAAAGCCGGUAUGAGCAACCCUGCAUUAACUAUGGAGAACGAGACUUAACUCUACAAUCAAAAUAAAAUCAUUUUUAAAGGGUUCCAGUGCUGUGGAAGAAUGGAACAGGCUUCCCACAGGAAGGCACCAUUGGGCAAUUGUCCCUAUAUCUCUUUGGCUAAAUAUGCAAAUUUUUCUUCAGUGAUGGGGAUCAAACCCAGCAGUAAGAAGAAUUCUGAGGAAUCACCAAACUUAUGCUUAAAGCAGAACACAGUUUAGUCCAGUAUAUAAACUGCUGUAACUAGUACAAAUUACUAUUAAACUUUAAAAGUAAUUAAAAAGAAAUUAUUUUCAGCCAAAACCUGAGAAUAAGUUCAUGGGCCAGUUUACACUCAUAUAUUUGGGUUGUACAAUUUAUCACACAAUCCCAUCAGUCAUUUGAUAUUCUGUUUCAGAAAAUUUAGGUAAAUCUUAAUAUUCCAAAAUUUCCAAGUCAUGUCAUCAUGCUAAGCUGUCUCUGGAAGCAGGUAAAAAAAAAAAAAAAAAAAAAAAAAAAAAAGCAUCCAUCUUUGAUUUUUCCCUGUAGUGUAAAACUGGCUUCAGAUGAGAAAGCUAUACUAACUACGAAUUCAUUAUGAAGGCCAUGUAGUCUACAGCUGAAGGUCAUCAUCCAUUUGUGGAAGGUUCUAAUUCUAGACUUUUUCUCCCAUUGCAAAAUAAGUAUGAAUCCUGAAGCAUGAGUUCACUGUUGAAAAAAAUUGGAUAAAAACUUUUGUGAGCACUAAUGCGUUGUUUUGACAAAGAACUUAUAUCAGAAAUUUCUUGUCUUCUAAUUUGAAAUCAGAGAGGGAUUAUGCUAACUAUUAUUAAGAUUACUUGAUUUUUUUAAACUCCUUACUCUAUUUUGAAGUUACUGAGUUUCUAAGCAUUUCUGACGGAUUAAUGGAGUAUUCCUCUACACCUGUGUCAUCUGCGUCUUUUCAUCAAGACUAUAAUUGUUGCUAUGUAUUUUUCCUCAAAUGCCUAUCAACAUUCAAUUAUGCAAAUUGUUUAAAAUCAUAUACUUUUGGAAGUUUACCGCGAACUAAACAGUAUGCUCUUUGGAAGUGUAGUUUAAGGUAAACUGAAAUAAUGAGGUUUUUGAUGCCAAAAGGUUUGGCCUCAGUGAGUAUACUCAGAAGCUCCUGUGCCUUGUCUGCACUAUUUACAAAAGGAAAAAUGUCUCAUUAAAAACAAAAAUCUGGGAAAUAAGUUUUAUAAAUUAACCAUUAGAAUACUAGUAAGCUGUGUGGUCCUUUGGUACUAAUUUUGAGAAUUUUGAGAGUAUAUUAGCUUUUUUUUUUUAAACAGCUAAAUAACUGACAUAAGCAAGAAUUAACUGCAAACUAAAAAACUGGGAGAUAAUAGGUCAAUGCAAGCUCCUUGCCAUUGCUCACCCUUGCUAAAGCAUUUUAGAGUUUCCUAUUGAGCGUGUUUCGGGAAGAACUGAUAUCAGCCCAGUGCACUUUGUGGUCCACUUGGGUGCAGUUCUGUGAAGGAGGGUGACGGGUGGGUUCAUGUAUCCCAAGCUAGAGAGUUUAAUCUGACAAUCUACUUCAAAAGACUCAGAGGACGGGGUGUGCUUCCCCUUUGUCUUCAUGCAUGUUUUGGUCAUUUGUCAUUACCGGAAGUGCCAGCCUGGAGUCCGUCGCUCCUGCAGAAGUCGUUUGGGCAGCAGCAUGCAGUGUGUCGGAGGACCUAUGCAGCGGGUUUUCCUGACAGCACAGUGCUCCCUUGUCCAUUUUCCAGGACCGCAGUUUCUUAGGCAUGUCCUUUUAUCAAACUGGAAGCUGGUGGGGAUGGGGGGAGGGUUUACAUUUUGUCCUGCUAGAAUACUGUUAUUUCUGCCCUCUUUAGGCCAUUUAUGUACUUAUUUUAAAUACCUAAGUCCAUACACCUUAGAGUCAAGUUGGAAAAACAAUUUAAAAAAUAAAAUUUUUUUCAAGACGU